GGAUUGGGGAUUGGGGAAUAGAGAAUAGGGAACAGGGAAUGGAAUAGGGAAUGGAACAGGGCACAGGGAAUAGGGAACAGGGCACAGGGACCAGGGAAGGGAUCCCUGCUGUGGGAAUGCCUGGACUGGGAUGGAUCUAGGUGCUCCCAGCUCUGUGCACAGCAGGAUCCUGCACCUGGGAAGGGCCUCUGGAAAAGCUCAGGCCUUUGGGAUGGCUCGUGCCUCUGGAAGGACUCAUUCCUUUGCCCUCUGAGAAUCCCAGAAUCCCAGAUCGGAAGUGCCCUUAGCACUCAUCUCUCAUUCCUGCCCCUGCCACGGGCAGGGACCAUUCCAUGAACAGAUUCCAGCCUGGCCUUGGAUAUUCCAGGGACCCAGGGGCAGCCACAGCUGAUCUGGGAAUUCCUUCCCAACAUCCCAUCUAUCCCUGGGAAGCCAUUCCCUGUGUCCUGUCCCUCCAUCCCUUAUCCCAAAUCCCUCUCCAGCUCUCCUGGAGCCCCUUCAGGCCCUGCCGGGGGCUCUGAGCUCUCCCUGGAGCCCUCUCUCGAUUCAGAUCCCAUUUCCUGCAGGAAUUCUGUGGGAUCUGGGGGCAGCUGUGAGGUGCCCCCUCGGUGCUUCCAGAGCCCCGGGAAGUUCCCUGUUCCCGUCUAAUCUUUAACCGGAGGCGUUUCCAGCUGCCUUUUGUUGGUUAAUUUUUCCCUUCCCUCUCCGGCCUUUCCCGGCGUUCCGGGACUUUUCCAGGCGCUGCCUCCACCGGAGCCGGCAGAGAGCGGAGGCGGCGCUGACGCCAGGAUCGGGCCGUCCUGAUCCCGGGAUCGUGGCUGUUCCCGCGGGAUGCGGCCGGGAGGGCGUUGAGCCAUCCCAGGGGAAGCUGAGCCGGAAAAUCCCCGGGAUCGGAGCCGACCAUGCUGAGCGCCAGGGCCCGGCUGCUCCGCGCCCAUCAAGUGCCCGAGAGUUACCGGGAGCCCGGGAUCCUCUCCGGGUACCGCCCGCCCCGGAGCUCUGCCCGCGAGUGCCUGCUCAGCCUCUUCCGCAUGAACAACGAGACGCUCAACGUCUGGACACACCUGGUGCCCGCCGGGUACCUGCUGUGGCUGCUGGUGGCACACCUGGGCGCGGCGGGCGCGGGCGCGGGGCCGUUCCUGGCGUACCUGGGCACGUGCGCGCUGUACCCGCUGGCCUCGGGCGCUGCCCACGCCUUGGGCGCGCUGGGCACGCGCGGGCGGCACCGCGCCUACUGCUGCGACUACGCCGCGCUCAGCCUCUACGGCCUGGGCUCGGCGCUGGCGUAUUCCGCCUACGCCUUCCCUCUGGAAUGGCUCGGGAGCACAUUCCACCAUUUCUAUGUUCCCAUGGCCGUGCUCAACUCCGCGCUCAGCACCGGCCUGUCCUGCUAUUCCAGGUUUCUGGAGGCAGAGCGGCCCUGCCUGAGCAAAGCUUCCCGAACUUUGGCCUUCGUGUAUCCCUACAUUUUUGACAGCAUCCCAAUUUUCUACAGGCUGUCCCGGAGCGCGGCCGGGAGCUGCUCCGAGGCCUCGCUCCCGCUGCAUUCCCGGCACAGCCUCUGCGCCCUCCUCACCUUCCUGAGCUUCACCUCGCGCCUGCCCGAGCGCCUGGCACCCGGGAGCUUCGACUUCAUCGGGCACAGCCACCAGGUUUUCCACGUCUGCGGGAUCCUGGGAACGCUCUUCCAGCUGGAAGCCGUCUCCGUGGACAUGGCGGAGCGGCGGGGCCGCCUCCCGCUUCCCUCUUCCCUGGAAACCUUCGGAUCCCUGGGAAUGGGAGCGGCCGCCAGCCUGGCCAUCCUCGGGAUCUGCUUCCGCAGCCUCCGCCCGGAGCCUCUGCCCCGGGAAAAAUCCCACUAGAGCCAGGGACUGCCUCGGAUUUCCGGGAGCUCUCCCAUUCCAGAGGGGUCCGUGUGGUUGAGGGGGAAUUCAGUGGCCUGGGAACAUUUCUUUGGGAAUUUCCCAAGGGAAAACUGCACUGCUUUUAUCCAUGGAUGGGCUGGGAACUGCUUCCCAUCCCGUUGUUAUCCGCAGGGAAAGCGUCAAAUAAUUGGGAUUCGAUCCCUGAAAAGGGAGGGAGGCGCUCCUGCUUCCCAAGGAAUCCGGGGUCCCUCAGGUCUGGAGAGGAGAAAUCCAGGGAAUGCUGGCAUCACCAGCUGGGAGAUUCCAGGGGAAGCCAGGCGCUCCCUAAUUCCCGUUUUCCCCUUGGAAGCAGCAUUCCUUUGGAAUUUCAAGCCUCACGCUCAGCCCAAGUGCCUGGAAAUGUGGGAUGGAGGGAUGGGAGCUUCCCUCCGGUUUGAAUUCCCACAAUUUUUACUCAUUAUCCCAGAAAAGGGAUCCCAGGAGAGCUUUUCCGGGGUCUAAUUCCGGGAAAUCCGGAGAAUUUCAUUCCCGUGGGAAUGCCGAGUUCCCUCGUGGGGGAUGGAGGGAGGGAAUUCCGUCCUGUCCCGGGGAUUCCCGGGCUGGAUCCCGGGAUUGGGGCUGGGAGAGCUCCACACCCCGACCUCCCGGGAUUUGGGAGCCUUCAGGAAAAGGAUUUGGAUGUUUUCCCUGGAUGAGGGAAGGGAUUGGGAUCCGUGGGGAGGUGCCUCCUGAGAAAAUCAGGAUUUGGGACAGCUCAGGGAUUGAAAGCACCCUGGAAUUCCAAAGAAUUCCAGGGAUUUCCCCUCCGUUGUUCCUUGUUUUCCUUCCCUGCUGCUCCUGGACGUUGCAAGCACAGCCUGGAGCUCUCGGCCUUUUCCAGGAUCCGGGUUUUCCUCUGGGAUUUUCAUGGCACACGCUUUGUUCUUUGGGAAUUUUUUCCUGGAUAAUCACACUGGUCUUCCAUGAAUUUCCUUUGAUUGCCUUUGCCGAGGUCUGACUGCUGCACUUUGGGAGCUCCUGGAAUUUGGGAUGACACAAUAAAAUCUGGGAUGAACGGGUUAAAUCCGGGAUAAAUCAAUCCUUGGGAAAGCUGUCCGGGAUUUUCGGGAUAUUUAUAAGCACUGGAAUUGUUUUUUCUGAUGGUUUUAUUAAAUUAAUAUAAAUCACUGAUUUUAAUCUGCUUCAGAAUAAAAAUAUUCCCACAAAAACGAA